UCCCUGAAUUACAUGAUGGGCUGCCUAAUAGAUAUUCAAAUAGGAAUAAUGUUCAUCAUUAUGCAAUGAUCUAAGAAUGUGAUUUAACUACUGCUGGGCAAAUCGUUAGAAGGAAUAUACCACUUGUGGCCUUUGAUUGGAUUGUCCAAACUAAAAUGAUCGUGGUUGGGAUUUACAGGCUAAGAAUGCUCAGUGGUUUAAUGGCUUGACGUCACAUUAUUAGCGGACUCUUGGAUCCCCUUAGCCACUAAACCAUUGCCUUCUGUCAGCUCUGAAGAGACAACUGGAGAUUUGUGGUCGGCAAACCAGGGCAACAAUGCUAUUUGGAACUAUAGGAAACCUAUGAAUAUUCACAGUCACAGACUGCACAACACUCUAUUUUCUACCUUUUCCCAUGUGAUGCCUGUGUAAACGGAAGAAGAAACCACAAAAAUGGGUGACCUCAAUACAGAAUCUGUUGAGAAGUACUUGGAGAACAAUCCCCAGUUUGCCAAGGAGUAUUUUGAUAAAAAGAUCCGGGCAGAAGCACUUUUGGCAGCUUAUACGGAUUCCAAGUUAGAAGUAAAAGAUGCAGCCUCUUUCAAGGAAAUUACCCAGUUGGAGGAAUCUAAUUUUAUAUUUGAAAUGGUUAAAGAAAUUCAGACUUCCACAAGCUUGGAAAAGCCCAUCCACCAAAUGUUGCAGAGACUGGCUCAACUAGUGAGAGCAGACAAGUGUAGUAUGUUCUCAUGCAGGUCCAGGAACGGAACUCCAGAGUUAACAACAACACUCUUCAAUGUUACGCCAACUUCCAAGUUGGAGGAAAAUCUUGUUGCUCCUGAAGCUGAGAUAGUUUUUCCUCUCGAUGUUGGUAUAGUGGGUUGGGUUGCUCACACUAAGAAGACUUUCAAUAUACCAGAUGUGAAAAAGGAUACACACUUUAGUGACUUUGUGGAUAAACAGACUGGAUAUACUACCACAAGUAUGUUGGCAACUCCAAUUACAUAUGGGAAGGAAGUUCUGGCUGUCAUAAUGGCUAUUAACAAAAUCGGUGAACCUGAGUUCUCAAAAGCAGAUGAGGAGCUUUUUGUCAAAUACCUUAACUUUGCUUCUUUCAUUUUGACUCACUAUCACAUCACGUACCUAUUCAAUGUGGAAUCACGAAGGAGCCAGGUGCUGUUGUGGUCUGCUAGCAAAGUGUUCGAGGAACUUACAGAUAUUGAACGUCAGUUUCACAAAGCUUUAUACACUGUUCGGCUCUAUCUCAACUGUGAAAGAUACUCAGUUGGUUUACUGGAUAUGACCAAAGAAAAGGAAUUCUAUGAUGAAUGGCCAAUAAAACUUGGAGAACAAGAACCAUACAAGGGACCAAAGACACCAGAUGGAAGAGAAGUCAUCUUUUAUAAGAUCGUUGAUUAUAUUUUGCAUGGAACUGAAGAAAUUAAAGUCAUACCGUCACCCCCUCCAGAUCACUGGUCACUGGUCAGCGGGCUGCCAACUUAUGUAGCUGAAAAUGGAUUUAUUUGUAACAUGAUGAAUGUAGCAGCAGAUGAAUAUUUUGCCUUCCAAAAAGACCCCAUUGACGAGACUGGCUGGGUGAUAAAAAAUGUUCUGUCACUACCCAUUGUCAACAAGAAGGAAGAAAUUGUGGGGAUCGCCACGUUCUACAAUAGGAAGGACGGCAGACCAUUCGAUGAACAUGAUGAACAGAUCACUGAAGCGCUCACACAAUUUCUGGGAUGGUCUGUGCUUAACACAGACACAUACGACAGACUGAAUAAGAUGGAAAACAGGAAAGAUAUUGCACAGGAAAUGCUCAUGUACCAAACCAAGUGCACCAAGUCUGAACUUCUGUCUGUCAUGAAUACACUUGAGAAGUUCAGUGCUGAACCUGAAGACUGUGAUCCUAAGGAUCUUAUCAAAUUCUUGAAAUCAAACUUACCUGAUCCCAAAGAUGUUGAGCUUUAUGAAUUCCACUUUAGUGACUUGCCUGUUACUGAACUUGAUCUGAUUAAAUGUGGAAUUCGGUGUUUCUAUGAAAUCAAUGUGGUUGAAAAGUUCAAAGUACCUCCAGAAGUGCUAACACGGUGGAUGUACACUGUUCGGAAAGGCUAUCGUGAUAUAACCUAUCACAACUGGCGGCAUGGCUUCAACGUGGGGCAGACGAUGUUCUCACUGCUCAUGACUGGCAGACUAAAGAAGUACUACACAGAUCUAGAGGCAUUUGCUAUGGUAGCAGCUGCUUUUUGUCACGAUAUUGAUCACAGGGGAACCAACAAUUUAUACCAGAUGAAGUCAGCAUCUCCAUUAGCAAGAUUGCAUGGCUCCUCCAUUAUGGAAAGACAUCACCUUGAGUACAGCAAGACCCUUAUGGCAGAUGAGAGCCUCAAUAUCUUCCAGAAUCUUCAGAAGCGUCAGUUUGAAACUGUCGUUCACUUAUUUGAAAUUGCUAUCAUUGCAACUGACUUGGCGUUGUACUUCAAAAAGAGAAGUAUGUUUCAGAAGAUUGUUGACGCCACAGAACAAAUGGCAACCGAGGAGGAGCAAAUAAAGUACAUCACACUGGACCCCACCAGGAAGGAAGUCAUCAUGGCAAUGAUGAUGACUGGAUGUGACCUAUCUGCCAUUACCAAACCAUGGGAAGUACAAAGUAAGGUGGCUCUUAUGGUAGCAAAUGAAUUCUGGGAGCAGGGAGAUCUGGAAAGGACAGUUUUAGAUCAACAGCCCAUUCCCAUGAUGGACAGAAACAAGUCUGCUGAGCUACCAAAGUUACAAGUUGGCUUUAUCGAUUUUGUGUGUACAUUUGUAUACAAGGAAUUCUCAAGAUUCCACAAAGAAAUCACACCAAUGUUGUCAGGGCUUCAAAACAACAGGGUUGAAUGGAAAGCAUUGGCAGAUGUGUACGAAGCAAAGAUGAAGGUUAUUGAGGAGGAAAAGAAGAAGAAAGAAGAAGAGGAAGCCAAAAAAGCAGAAGGUGGAGGAGGUGGUGAUGGAGGAGGAAGGGAAGCUGAAGGAGGCAAAUCGAAAACGUGCACGAUAUUUUAGAAACUGCCUG